AUGUCAGUCCUACUGGAAACCAGCGCAGGCGACAUCGUCAUUGACUUACUGGUCGACUAUGCGCCUAAGCUAUGCGAAAACUUUUUGAAGCUCUGCAAAGUCAAAUACUACAACUUUUCACCUGUUCAUUCUGUUCAGAAAAACUUUUCGUUUCAAACUGGUGAUCCCCUCGGACCCUUGGCUCCUCAAUCCGACGGUGGCACCAGCAUAUGGGGAUUGUUAUCGGGCGACCCCGCCCAGCGAACAUUUCCAGCCCUCUUCCAUCCAAAGCUUCGUCAUGCUGAGCGUGGUACUGUCAGUAUGGCCACGGCGCCUCAUCCUACGGAUCCAGACACGCGGCUGGCGGGUUCGCAGUUCAUCGUGACGCUGGGCGAAGACACCGAUUUCAUCGACGGCAAGGCGGCCAUUUUUGGAAAAGUGGUCGAGGGCUUUGACACCCUCGAGAAAAUAAACGAGGCAAUCAUCGACGAAAAGGGACAUCCGCUCGUCGACAUCCGCAUCAAACACACCGUCAUCCUCGACGAUCCUUACCCCGAUCCGGCCGGCUUGAGGGAGCCCAGCAGCUCGCCGCCCCCGACAUCUGCGCAGAUCGCCACAGUGCGCAUCGCCGAAGACGAGGCUGAGAAACUUGCGGAAGAAGAUGCAGAGGGCGAUGAGGACCGCGCUGCUGCGGCAGAGAAGCAGCGGCGUGAGCGGGAAGCCAAAGCACAGGCUUUGACUCUAGAGAUGAUGGGUGAUCUGCCGUUCGCCGAGGUCAAGCCUCCCGAGAACGUGCUAUUCGUGUGCAAACUCAACCCUGUUACGCAGGACGCGGAUCUGGAACUCAUUUUCAGUCGGUUCGGCAAAAUCCUUUCGUGCGAGGUCAUCAGGGACUCCAAGACGGGCGACAGUCUGCAGUACGCAUUCAUCGAAUUUGAGGAUAAGGCCGCAUGCGAGACGGCUUACUUCAAGAUGCAAGGUGUCCUCAUCGAUGACCGCCGCAUACAUGUCGAUUUUAGUCAGAGCGUCAGCAAGUUGAGCAAUGCAUGGAGGACCGAUGCCAACGACAAGCGUAGGAAGCAGGCUGCCAAAGGCCGCGGCGGGUGGGGAGGCGUUGACGAACUAGAGAAGUGGCGCAAAUACAGGGAAGAUGAUGGGCGGGACGAUCGACCGGAUAGCUACGGGAUGGUUUACGGCAAGGAAGAGAUGCAAGGUCGGCACGAGCGUCAAAAGGCAAGCCUUGGACGCGACGCUGAGAAGCCUCGUGAGGGUCGGGGUGACCGCGAUGGUAACGACCAACGACGAGAAAGGGGAUCAGAUUUAAGGAGGAGCCGCAGCCGGAGUCCGCGAAGAGAACGGCACCGAGACUCACGAGAUGGGCGGCGCCGGGAUGACCGAGACUUGGAUCCAAGGAGCCGUGGCGACCGUAGUCGUCAUGAUCGGGAUCGCGGCCAGGAACGCCAUGAUCGUGGUCAUGACUACGACCGGGACCGUCGUCGUGAUAGAGAUCGACGUGAUGAUUACAGGAGACGAUGA